UCCGAAAAAACAUCUGAGAGAAGGAAGGAACUCUUAGAAAAAAAAAAAAAAACUCAAAAUAAUUCCAAUUUUCGGGACACUUUAUAAAAUAACAUGACACUGUCCAGCAAACAAAAUGCGGCAAAUGCUUCUCUUCUCCUCUUUCCCUCUUCAAUUUUAAACCCGACUGAGCAAGGAAACCGAAGAAACAGGGCAGAGGAAAUCAGAGAGUGUAAAACAAAAGGCUGAACAGAUCUCAGAAUCGCCGCCGCAUUCAUUACCGCUGAUAGCACCAGUACCAGCACCGCCACAUCUAGCAACAGGAUGUUCAAAAUCUUUAACAAAGGGAGAGAAACUGCCAGUGCGUCCUCACCUCAGUCCUCGCCCUCUCCGUCCUCGUUGAUUUCCUCGUCUUCUGUGACUGGACCUCCCAGGCCUAUCAAUCUGGUGUACCGCGAUAAGGAUGGGAAGUUCCGGAUGGAUCCAGAAGCAGUUGCAACGCUUCAGCUGGUUAAGGAACCAAUCGGUGUCGUUUCGGUUUGUGGUCGCGCUCGCCAGGGAAAGAGCUUCAUUUUGAAUCAGCUUCUUGGGAGAAGUAGUGGUUUUCAUGUAGCACCAACUCAUCGACCUUGUACAAAAGGACUUUGGUUGUGGAGUGCACCCAUAAAGAGAACAGCUCUUGAUGGAACUGAGUACAAUCUUUUACUACUAGACUCCGAAGGAAUAGAUGCUUAUGAUCAAACAGGGACUUACAGUACUCAGAUAUUCUCUUUAGCGGUUCUCUUAUCUAGCAUGUUCGUUUACAAUCAGAUGGGUGGCAUAGAUGAAGCUGCCCUUGAUCGUCUCUCUCUUGUCACUGAAAUGACAAAGCAUAUUCGAGUGAGAGCUUCAGGAGGAAAGAGUAAAGCUUCUGAACUAGGACAAUUCUCCCCUAUAUUUGUUUGGCUUCUAAGGGACUUCUACUUGGAUUUAGUAGAGGAUGACAGGAAAAUUACACCCCGUGACUAUCUAGAGCUUGCCUUAAGGCCAGUUCAAGGUAGUGGAAGAGAUAUAGCUGCCAAAAAUGAGAUUCGGGAUUCCAUUCGAGCCCUCUUUCCAGAUAGAGAAUGCUUCACCCUUGUGAGGCCUUUGAACAAUGAAAAUGAUCUCCAAAGGCUUGAUCAAAUAUCGUUGGACAAAUUAAGGCCAGAGUUCAGAUCUGGACUUGACGCAUUGACAAAGUUUGUUUUCGAGAGAACAAGGCCCAAGCAAGUUGGGGCCACUAUAAUGACAGGUCCAAUUCUUAUUGGUAUCACAGAAUCUUAUUUGGAGGCUCUGAAUAAUGGUGCAGUGCCCACGAUAUCCUCUUCAUGGCAGAGUGUUGAAGAAGCUGAGUGUCGAAAAGCACAUGAUACUGCCACUGAAGUUUAUACGUCUACAUUUGACCAUUCCAAGCCACCUGAGGAAGUUGCUUUGAGGGAAGCACAUGAUGAAGCAGUUCAAAAAGCAAUGGCUGCAUUUAAUGCUAAUGCUGUGGGGAUUGGUUCAGCGAGGAUAAAAUAUGAAGGGCUUCUCCAAAAAUUCUUUAAAAAGAAGUUUGAGGAGUAUAAGAAGAAUGCAUUUAUAGAGGCAGAUUUGCGAUGCUCUAAUGCUAUACAAAACAUGGAAAAAAGGCUCAGAGUAGCUUGUCAUGCUUCCGAUGCAAAUGUGGAUAAAGUUGUAAAGGUUCUUGACAGCUUUCUGUCUGAGUAUGAUACAUCAUGUCAUGGCCCAGGAAAAUGGCAGAAAUUGGUCAUUUUCCUACAACAAAGUUUGGAAGGUCCAAUCCGUGACCUUGCCAAGAGGCUUAAUGAUCAAAUUACAUCGGAGAAGACUUCCCUCUCAUUAAAAUGUCGCUCAAUUGAGGAUAAGAUGGAAAUGCUUAACAAGCAAUUGGAAGCCAGUGAGAAACAUAGGUCUGAAUAUAUGAAACGAUAUGACGAAGCUAUCAGUGAGAAGAAGAAGUUAUCCGAUGACUUCAUGAAGCGCAUAUCUGAUCUUCAGAGUAGUCGCAGUUCACUGGAUGAGAGGUGUUCUAGCUUAUUGAAAACACUGGAAUCUUCCAAGCAAGAAGCAUUAGACUGGAAAAGAAAACACGACCAAAUGUUAUCAAAGCAGAAAGCUGAUGAAGAUCAGAUCAAUUCAGAAAUUGGAAUUCUCAAGUCUCGAACUAGUGCUGCAGAAGCGAGGCUCGCUGCUGCUCACGAGCAUACCAGGUCAGCUCAAGAAGAGGCAGCAGAGUGGAAAAGGAAGUAUGACAUUACUGUAAGAGAAACUAAAGCUGCUCUUGAGAAGGCAGCAGUUGUGCAAGAAAGAACAAGUAAAGAAACACAAUUGAGGGAAGAUGCUUUGCGAGAGGAAUUUUCUAGCCGAUUAACAGAAAAGGAAGAGGAAAUAAAGGAAAAAAAUGGAAAGAUAGAGAAGGUUGAGCAGUAUUUGACAACUUUAAACUUGGAGUUAAAGGAUGCCAAGUCAAAAAUUAAGAGUUAUGAUUCUGAAAUAUCAUCCCUGAAGCUUGAAAUCAAAGAGUUAGCGGAGAAAUUAGAGUCUGUGAAUUACAGGGCACAAUCUUAUGAAAGAGAAGCUAGGAUACUGGAGCAAGAGAAGAACCAUUUGGAGCAGAAGUACAAAUCUGAGUUUGAGAGGUUUGCAGAAGUCCAGGAAAGGUGUACCCUUGCUGAAAAAGAAUCUAAGAGGGCUACUGAUUUGGCUGAUAAAGCACGUGCUGAUGCAGCAUCUGCUCAAAAGGAAAAGAGUGAGCUUCAGAAAUUGGCAAUGGAAAGAUUAGCCCAAAUUGAGAGGGCUCGGAGGCAGAUAGAAAGUUUGGAAAGAGCGAGAACUGAUUUAGCCGAUGCACUUGAUAGAACACGUAUAUCUGAGAUGGAUGCUCUCUCGAAAGUUGCACUUUUAGAGGCAAGAGUUGAGGAAAGGGAGAAAGAAAUCGAGUCACUACUAAAAUCAAAUAACGAGCAGAGAGCUAGUACUGUUAAAGGCAUUAAGGAUCUUCUGGAUGAUGAGCGAAAAGCUCAUAGUGCUGCCAACAAACGAGCAGAAGAACUUUCUCUGCAGUUGGAAGCAGCACGGGCAAAGCUCGAUUCGCUCCAACAGGAGUUGACAUCAGUUCGUUUGAACGAGUCAGCAUUGGACAGUAAGCUAAAGGCUGCAUCCCAUGGCAAACGCAUUAGAACUGAUGAUAUCGAGAUGGGCGUCGCAUCUGUUCAAGACAUGGGCACAAAUGACAGGAAUCCAAGACCGAGUAAGAAGUCCAGGAGCACAACCAGCCCUUUAAAGCACACACAGCCGGAAGAUGGUGGUUCAGUGUUCAAGGGUGAUGAUGAUAACCAUAGUCAGCAAUCUGAUCAUGAAGAUUAUACAAAGUUCACAGUACAGAAACUGAAGCAGGAACUCACAAGGCAUAAUUUUGGUGCCGAGCUCCUCCAGUUAAGGAAUCCAAAUAAAAAAGACAUCCUUGCUUUAUACGAAAAAUGUGUUCUCCAGAAGUCGUAAGAGUUCUAAAAUUGAAUUGUAUAGGAGGGUACUUGUAAUCUACUGGGAGUUUUAGUUAAUAGAUCAGUGUGAGCUUAGAGGUAGUGUAAGUUCUUGGGAGAUGAUUUUGAUAUUAAGGAGUAAUUGUUUAUUUCUUGUUUAGAACAGCGUUUGAGGGGAGAUGGCUUUGUUUGAUUUCUUUAAUUUCCGCUUUUCUAGAUCACCCGUGAGAAUAUUGAUAUUUCAUGGUAUUUGCCCACGGCAUAAUUAUUAUAUUUUCUGACUA